CGAAGGGUGUGUUUGUGUAAAGCUUUCCUCGGACGAUGGAAUUGCCUUUGUGGUUGUAGAGGUUGAUGAACUUUCACCUAAGGAAGGGUGGCCUGAUGUGGGGAUAAACUCCGUUCCUGUCCCUUCCAUACCCUAAGUUUGAGAAUGUGGCAUUGGCUGAGUGGUCUGGGUGACCUGUGGCCUCGGCUGAGUCACUUGGGUGAGCCUGUGGCCCUUCAUAGCCUCCCAGGAGCUGCCAUCCCUGAUAAAGGACAGGUCCUCAUCUCCCAUUACGGGCUAAAACCACUGAGAGGAUGGUGGUGGUGGAGCCAGAAUUGCUGAUUGCUUUGCCAGCCUUUGUACAGGUUCAGCAGCACCUUGUGUAGCACAGGGCAAAGUAUUUUGACAAUUCAGGUAGCAGCUGUUGGAUUGGAAACCUCCAGAAGUGAAGAAAGCAGGGGUAGGAAGUGAGAACUAGAAAUACUGAGAGCAGUGGCGAUGAUGGAGCCGGUUUGCUGUUUGUUUUGUGGCCUUUGCAUGGGUUCAAGCAGCACCUUCUGUGGUGCAGGGCAAGGUAUUUCAAUUUCAGUUUCACUAUUUCAGAUAGUGACUGUUGGAUUCGCAAUGUCCGGAAGGUGGUUAGAUGAAGAAAUCAGAAGUAGGAAGUAGGAACUUCUUUUCUAGGCAUUAAGAGGAAGCAUGCAGGAAACUAUAAAACCUUCGUGGGUGAAGAGGUUUUGGUUUCGUAUGGCAGCAGUGGUGAGGGCUCGCUCAGCAGCUCAUAGGCAAGGCAUCCUGUCAACAUCACUGCUGUCAUUGAAAGUGGGACGGGAAAUAAGCCAAGCGAAGGGUGUGUUUGUGUAAAGCUUUCCUGAGGUAGUGGUAUCGCCUUUGUGGUUGUAGAAGUUGAUAAACUUUCAUCUGAGGAAGGGUGUCCUGAUGUGGAGAGGAGCUCUCUUCCUGUCCCCUCUGUACACCAACUGUCCAAAUGUGGCACUGGUAGAGUGGCUUGGGUGACCUGUGGACUUGGCUGAGUCACUUGGGUGAGGCUCUGGCCCUCCAUAGCCUCCCAGGGAGCUGCCAUCCCUGACAAAGAACAGGUCCUCAUCUCCCGUUAUGGACUAGAUACACUGAGAGCAUGGUGGUGAUGGAGCCACACUUGUUGUUUGCUUUGCCAGCCUUUGUAUGGCUCCAAGCAAGCACCUUCUGUAGUGCAGGGCACAGUAUUUCAAUAAUUCAGGUCAUGCCUUUUGGGUUGAAAACCUCCAGAAGGUGGUUAGGUGAAGAAAGCAGGAGUAGGAAGUAGGAACUAGAAACACUGAGAGCAGUGGUAACGAUGGAGCCAGGUUUGCUCUUUGUUUUGCUGGCCUUUGAGAACGUGUGCUGUUUCACGUGGGUUCAAGCAGCACAGUCUGUAGCACAGGGCAAGAUAUUUCGAUAAUUCAGAUUGUGGCUGUUGGAUUAGAAACCUCCAGAGGGUAUUUAGGUGAAAAAAGCAGGGGUUGGAAGUAGGCACUAGAAACAUUCAGCAAAGUUGUGAUGAUGGAACCAGCCUUGCUGUUUGUUUUGCUGGUCUUUGGGAGCCUGUGCUGCUUCGUACAGGUUACAGCAGCACCUUCUGUAUUGCAAGGCACGGUAUUUCAAUAAUUCAGAUCAUGCCUUUUGGGUUGGAAACCUCCAGAAGGUGGUUGGGUGAAGAAAGCAGGGGUAGGAAGUAGGAACUUCUUUUCUAGGUAUUAAGAGGAAGCAUAUAGUAAAGCAUAAAACCUUCAUGGGCAAGGAGGUUUCUGUUUCAUGUGGCAGCAGUGAUGGGUCUCUCUCCUUGUUCCAGGCAUGAUGCCUUUUGUCUUUGGGAACGUGGGCAGUGCACAGGUGAUGUCCAGUCAACAUUGCUCUUGUCAUUGGAAGAGGAGGGGGGAAGGGACAGCCAAAUGAAGUGCAUGUUUGUGUAAAGCUUUCCGCAGGUAGUGGUAUCACCUUUGUGGUUGUAGAAGUUGUUAAACUUUCACCUAAGGAAGGGUGUCUUGCUGUGGGGAUGAGCUCUGUUCCUGUCCCCUCCAUACCUCACACUUCUGAAUGUGGCCCUGGCCAAGUGGCUUUGGUAAGCCUAUGGCCCUCCAAAGCUUCCCAGGAGCUGCCAUCCCUGACUAAGGCUGAGUCUUCUUCCCCCAUUAUGGAGUAAAAACACUGAGAGCAGUGGUGAUGAUGGAGCCAGGCUUGCCCUUUGUUUUACCAGCUUUUGGGAGUGUGUGCUUCUUCAUAUGGGUUCAAGCAGCACCUUCUGUGGUGCAGGGCAAGGUAUUGAUAAUUCAGAUUGUGGCUGUUGGAUUAGAAACCUCCAGAAGGUGGUUAGGUAAGGAAAUCUGAGGUAGAAUAACAGGAACUUCAAGGGUAGGAACUUACUUUCUGGCAUUAAAAGGGAACAUGCAGGAAAGUAGAAAACCUUCACAUUUUCCAAUCUGCUUAAUGCUAACAUAACACGUAUUUGGAACCUCAGGACUGUGCCUGUCAGCUUGGGUGGCACGUAGGAUCUUGCUCGUGGACUGAAAGAGCCUUUGCUUUAAGUACAUCACCUGUCCCUGCUUGCCUCGUGAAUUUGUGCAUUGCAGCUGUUAACAGAGGAAAUACCUGCUUUGUGUGCUUAUUUUGUGUGCCUGAGGUAACAGGAACUUCUUCAUAUUAAUUAGAAGCAGACAGUGGUCCUGCUUCAAAGCACUGGGAGCUUAAAAAAAAAAAUUAUGUUUGCAGCACAGUCUUUCUAUCACAAUCCCCUCUGCUGAUAAAUAAAGAAGUGGUAGCAUCGCCAGCAGAAAUAUAUAUUUAAAAAAAACCCCAAAGCAGCUCUCAAACCUUCGAAAUGCUAUUGAGUCGUGUGGGACAAUAAAUCAAACUGCUGGUAGAAGAGAUUCCUUAAGAUAUAUGUGAGGAACUCCUGGCUCGUAUGUAUCUGACAUAAUGACCAUAAGUGAGAUGUGAAGAAAUAGAAAGUUCGGUAUUAAAUCUAGUGAUAGGACCUAUCUUACAGUUAGAGUUGUUGGUUUUUUGUUAAUAUGAAACUCUUAGUGACUGAUUUAGGAAAAUAAUGGAAGACAUGAAAAGAAAACUUGACAGAUGCUGUGUUUAGCAAAGACCAGUUCUGAAUGAGUCUAAGAAAGGCAGAGUAUUAAAGGAUGUCUUAUGUGUUAAAUAAGUUGUUGAAUCAAAUGACAAUAAAAUUUGAAGAUUAAAAUCAAAGCUGAAUGUGGUUUUAUGCCAUUAAAGGGAAGACUCUGUGAAGAGUGUAGCUACUGCUAUUAUUAUCAUCAUCAUCAUUAUUAAAAUACUAUUUUGACAAAAAAGCGUAAUAGCGAAAACUCUGUUGUUUUGGCGCUGGUUAUGUACCUAGGAUUAAUACUAGCAUAGUUAUGUCUGUAGUUUCACAAGUUGAAAACCCAGACCUUGAGAACCUAUUAGUGACUUGCUGUUUUUUUUUUUUUAAAUCCACUGGAUUAUAUUCUAGCUCAUCUCUUACAAUUUGUUUUGUUUUGUUUUGUUUUGACCCAUUAACCUUCCUGCAAAUUUAAUUAGAAAGUAAGAAGGUAAAGGAAGAGAGCUGGUUUCAUACAUAAGCUAUCUCAUCUUUGUCACUUUGGACAAUAGUUCAGUCUCUAAUAGGCUGCUAAAAUUUUCAGCAGUCGAGUAGACAUCAGUGAAGAAACUGUGUUUACUUGAGCCUUCUGUGUGCUUUCUGUCUGCUUAAAUUCGAUUCGUCUUCAUCAUGGUAUGGGUCUAAUGGAGGUUGCUUUGGAAUAAAUGACAAAAUUCUUAUUUACUGCUCAUGUGCCAGCUGGCUUGUUACAAGCAGGAUUUUAAUGAUGAGGAAAGUUUAAUUUAGAGAUUUUUUAAAUGGUUUACAGAGUGGGCUAUGCAUUAUUUCCUUGCAGACCUCUUCCUUACCUUAUGUGUCUGCAUCACAGAUAGCUCUUUGGUAUCUACAGUAGUUGCCAUCAGGGAGAAGUCAUCUUACUAUUGCAAAUUGUAUUGUCCAAAUUAACUGAGAAUUGUAAAGAUUUGGGGUGCGAUGUUGGGUUUUUUCAGCUCAGAUUUGAGAUAAAGCAUUUCUUCUCUUUUCUAGCCAUUAAGAACUUUGUCUAGAUUUUAAACAUGGUGUUGCUGCAUGACUGAAUUUAGUGUAGAGUCACAUUGGGUUUCUGCGUCGUGUCAUUGCAUUCUGUGCGCUGUGUGUGCCUGGAUAUUUUGCGGGAGCUUUGCAAGAAAUUCCACAUCUUACCUGAGCGAACAGCUAAACAAAAGUAUAAAAUUCACAGUCACUGCACAUAGAGAAAUGUGUUCAAAGCAAUGAGAAAAUUUCUGUCUCUUUGCGGUAUGGUGUGGGUACGAUUGGGAGCAGCGCAAAGCCGGCUGGCGUGAAGCCAGGAGACUCUGGUGGUGUCAUCUUGUGUGCUGAGGAGCUUUAAACUGCGGUUUGUUCUCGUGAUAAACAUGCACAGGAAAUUCUGUCAUACAUCUUCCAGUAGUUACAGGAAAGGCUUUUUUUGUUUCUUUUGAGUAUCAGCUAUUCCUUAUCAAUUAACACAAGCUGAUACAGGGUCUUCUGUCAAGCUGUGCGGAAAGGCUGUUGAGAGAGGACCUUCCCAUUAGUCCAGCUGCCAUUUUGCUCUUCUUUUCUUUAGAUCCAUGAAGAUCUUUGAUCUUGAGACCUUUCUCUACAUUUAAUGGCAAAAUCAGUUCUUUGAAUCUAAAAGGAUGCUGCUGCUGCUGCUGCUCUCCAGUUCUAAUUGUAUUUUUUAUAAUUUUAGUUUAAUGUAAUCAAACUUCUUUUUCUUUUGAAUCUAUGAAGAACUGAGUAUCUGAGAGUUUAUAUUUCAGGAGGGGUGGGGAAACUAAACUGUCUCUCUAGAAAUGGUGUGACAUACGAAAUGUGAAAUUUUAGAAAUUACAGAAAUGUUCCUUGAUUUCUUCCAGUAGUAAUUGGUGGUUGUAGCAAGUAGCUGAAAAUACUUGUGUUAAUUUUGACUUUUAUGUAGCUCAUGUAAAACCAGCUUUUUUUUGUAAGUAGUUCAGUGUAUUUACAGUUGUAAUGAAGAGCAAAUUCCAGAGUUAAAGUUAUCUAAAAGGUGAAAAAGAAAGCUGUCUAAUCAAAGAGCAAAGAUGCAGAGCACUCCGAAUUACCUCUGGCUCUUGUCUGACAUUCUAGGACAGGGAGCUACUGCCAAUGUGUUCAGGGGACGACAUAAGAAAACUGGGGAUUUAUAUGCCGUCAAAGUAUUUAACAGUAUAAGUUUCCUUCGUCCUGUGGAUGUUCAGAUGCGCGAGUUUGAAGUAUUGAAGAAACUAAAUCAUAAGAACAUUGUCAAAUUGUUUGCUAUUGAAGAAGAGACAACGACUAGACACAAAGUACUAGUUAUGGAAUUUUGUCCGUGUGGGAGUUUAUAUACAGUUUUAGAGGAGCCGUCUAAUGCCUUUGGUUUGCCAGAGUCUGAGUUCUUAAUUGUUUUGAGAGAUGUGGUUGCUGGGAUGAAUCAUCUCCGGGAGAACGGAAUAGUGCACCGUGACAUCAAACCAGGCAAUAUAAUGCGUGUUAUCGGUGAAGAUGGUCAGUCUGUUUACAAGCUUACAGACUUUGGUGCUGCAAGAGAACUCGAAGAUGAUGAACAAUUUGUUUCUCUCUAUGGCACAGAAGAGUAUUUACAUCCUGAUAUGUACGAGCGAGCAGUUUUGAGGAAAGAACAUCAGAAAAAGUAUGGAGCAACAGUUGAUCUCUGGAGCAUAGGGGUGACUUUUUACCAUGCUGCAACAGGGAGUUUGCCUUUCCGACCUUUUGAAGGACCUCGUAGAAACAAGGAAGUGAUGUAUAAAAUAAUCACUGGAAAGCCUUCUGGUGCUAUCUCUGGAAUACAGAAAGCAGAAAAUGGACCAAUUGAGUGGAGUCGGGAGAUGCCUGUAUCUUGUAGUCUUUCAAAGGGUCUGCAAGUACUGCUCACACCCGUCCUCGCAAAUAUUCUUGAAGCGGACCAGGAAAAAUGCUGGGGAUUUGACCAGUUCUUUGCAGAGACGAGUGACAUACUGCACCGAAUAAUAAUCCACAUCUUUUCAUUACAGCAGAUGACCUUGCAUAAAGUUUAUAUUCAUAGCUAUAACACAGCUGCUAUAUUUCAUGAUUUGGUCUACAAACAGACGAAAAUACCAUCUCAGAAUCAAGAACUGAUAUAUGAAGGUCGGCGUUUAAUACUAGAGCCUGGCAGAUUGGCACAGCACUUCCCCAGAACAACUGAGGAGAAUCCUAUCUUUGUAGUAAGCAGGGAGGCUGUGAACGUCGUCGGAUUGAUCUAUGAAGAAGUUUUACUUCCUAAAGUACAUCAACGUUACGAUUUGGAUGCAGAUGCCAGUAUGGCUAAAGCAGUAACAGGUAUUGUAUGUUAUGCCUGUAGAGUUGCCAGUUCUUUGCUGCUUUACCAGGAGCUGAUGCGAAAAGGAAUACGAUGGCUAAUUGAAAUAAUCAAGGAUGAUUACAAUGAAACGGUACAUAAAAAGACGGAGGUUGUCAUCAGGCUGGAUUUCUGCAGCAGAAACAUUGAUAAAGCUGAGAAAAUAUAUGAGAAUUUGAUGCAGAUCAACUUGGAAGCAUCAGAAGUAGAUGAAAUUUCAGAGAUACACACAAAACUGUUGCGUCUCUCCAGCUCUCAAGGCACAAUAGAAACUAGUCUUCAAGAUAUCAAAAACAAACUUUCUCCUGGUGGUUUACUGGCUGACACCUGGGCAAAUCAGGAAGGCAUGCAUCCAAAAGACAGAAAUCCAGAAAGGCUGCAGGCGCUGCUAUGUUCCAUCACAGAUAUUUAUUACCAGUUCAAAAAAGACAAAGCAGAACGAAGGCUUCCUUAUAAUGAAGAACAAAUUCACAAGUUUGACAAGCAGAAGCUGUAUUUGCACGCUACAAAAGCCAUAGCGCUAUUCAAAGAUGAAUGCGUCAGCAAGUAUGAUACGUUUUUGGACAAGGCUGAGGACUGGACAAGGCAAGCUAUUGAUUUCUUUAAUAGUUGGCAAUGUUCACUGCCCCGCUUUUAUAGAAGGAAGCUCUUAAAAGAAAACUGUUUUUCUUUUAGGAAGAUGCUUCACACAAGGAAGCAGUUACUGGCUCUCACCAACCAGUGUUUUGAUAUUGAAGAAGAGAUAUCCAAAUACCAGGAUUAUAUAAAUGAGUUGCAAGACACUCUGCCGCAGAAAAUAUUUGCAGCUUCGAGUGGGAUGAAACAUACAAUGAAUACAGUCUAUCCAAGCUCAAACACAUUGGUGGAAAUGACUCUUGGUAUGAAGAAACUCAAGGAGGAAAUGGAAGGCGUUGUUAAAGAGCUGGCUGAGAAUAAUCACAUUUUGGAAAGAUUUGGUGAUUUGACUACGGAUGGUGGCCUGUGAAAUGUGGACUGUAUGUAGCUGUCAGAGGACAUGGAGAAGACUUGUAAAUUUUUUCAACGGGGAGAAAAAUACUCUUGGGACAUUUAAAGGCAGAUAAUACAUCUGUAUCCAGGUUUUUUUUCCCCUCUACAACUGUAGUAUUACAAAAUGUAAAUAUGUAUAAUAUGUAAAUAUAAAAGAAUAUAUCUUUUUUUGGUCAAUGUUAGAAUAGAAUUGCUCCUAGCAGGGAAUUUAGCCUCUUGGAGAAUCUCUGACAAAGUCCUAAAGGCAAAGGUGUUGUUGAUGGAAUUGACAUUUGUUUGCUUUGAAUAUUGCCCUUUUUUCAGAAUGCAAUUCAGUCUUUAUUCCAAGAGGACUUGCAGUGCUCUAAACAUCAUGAAUAGCCUUUAAAGGGUGUUUCAGAUUUCCUUUAACUGCCACUAUUAUUUUGGAGUCCAGCUGAAUGACUCUGAUCAUCACUGAAUAUGGCGACUGUUUUAAAUGAAAUCUUUUUAAAGAGGUGUGAAUAGGGACUAAAAGCACAGAUAGGACAGAGUGGAAAUGCAUUUUUCUUUCCUUCACAUCCAAACUGCUGUUCGCUUGUACUUGAGAAAACAAAUUACUGAUAUUUUUUUAAGUUCCUCUCUGUAUUUGGUGCCGUGUUGUCUAUAAUCAUUUGACUGCUCACUAUAUGGAAAUUUUGCACUCCACGUUGUUGAUACUAAACAUAAAAAUGCCUUUUUUAGAGUACAUAAUUUUCAGAAUUUCACCACAAGACAAGCAGUUUCCUAAAAUAAAACAGUUUUUUUUCAGA